UACCCUAGGCAUAAGCAAUUCCCACAUUUUAUGAGUGUGCCGUAUCCGUUGCGGGUGCUCUUGGCUCCUCGGUGUUCGGGUUAGCACCGAGAGCUAGGCGACUGGACAACAGCCCCCCGGUUGUCAUAAAGCGUAUAUGUCUAAGGGCAAGACGUGGAAAGGUUAUCUUCCGCAGCAACACUGCAGUGAUAUAUUAUAUAACAUGAUGCCUUCAGGGGCCGCAUUAAGCUCUGGGAGUUUCGUUUUCCGUUCGCUAGCCGCGGCGCUGUUAAUUCUGGCGCCAUUUAUGACCGUCGAGGGCAGCUUAGCAGUGGAUGACCCGCGGAGUAGCCCCCCGGAUGCCUUCCCUCCCGACUAUCAGCCACCCAUGGAGGGCGCUGUGUCGGCCCGCGAGGGGUUGUUAGGGCCGGAGCUUUUCCUGCCGCCCUGGUGGCCGGAAGCGAGACACCCGUCGCCCAUUGUACCAGACUUCGGCCAUUCAGUGGCGCCUCCGCCGGUGCGUCCGACGCCAGCGGGGCCCGCUGCAUCCCCGUACGGGGGCUACUAUGGCGAAAGCCCGGCGCCUCCGCAGUACGGGUCCGAGGGCAGUGCGUUCCUCGCAGCCUCUGCCGCGCCCUCAUACGGCGGCUACUAUGGUGGCAGCCCGGCCCCACCGCACUACGGAGCCGCACGCAGGGCGCUCGUGGAAACCACUGCCGCCGCGCCCUCGUAUGGGGGUUACUACGGCAGCAGCCCCGCCCCACCGCCGUACGGGGACAGCGACUCAGCGGCUCCCCGCAGCACCCGCCGCCAGCUGCGCGGCUAGGCGGCUGCGCACUCUAUUAGUUUUGUAUGCAAAAGUGGAAACGCACAGGAAAUAUAUGUACAUGCAACUUGGAAGAAUCGGAGAUAGCGGCAAUCCUCGCAUGCAUGUGUGCUGGCUGUUGUGCCGACGGCCUUGUUGUCAUAGGGUGUGUUGCAGUUGUGUGGGCUCUCGGCGUGUGGGCUGGUGGUGCAGGUCGCCCAAGCUUGGGGCAUGACGCCCUAGCAGCUGGGGCAUUGCGAGCAGGGGGCUUGCGCUGCUGCGUCCAGUGUAGCGGCGGGAACCGCGGGUACAUGCGCCGUGCGGGUGGUACAUAUGAGCGCGUAGGAGUACUGAUUAGGAGUACUGCGUCUGUUUUCGGGCGGAGUUCAGGUUCCAGUUUUCGCAGGAGGGCCGCCCUUGAUGUCCGUUGUUGUCCGGGGGUCGGCAUGCCCAGGGGGUUGUACAGGUACAAGAGUUGCGGGUUGAGUUUGCUUGCCUGCAGGGCGAUGAAGCUGGUUCGAACGCAGGAUUCUGUGUGCGAGCUCUCGGUAAGGGGCGUCCAUGCACGCUCCCCUUGUGAUCAUUUGGUAUGCACCGGUAAUGCCCUGUUUAGGCAGUGCGUCGUUGUGUGUCUGAGAGCCAACUGCUGUGUAGCUAUAAUGAGUGGUUCCAUGCAUUUCCCUCACCUCGUGUGAUUCACCGGCAACCUCUAAACGCACGGGAAUCAUGUAUUAAGCACUUGCUUUCCUCCCCCAUGUGGGUUGGCACUAAUUCUUUUUAUGCUGUGUCCAGAGCAAUGGACCUCCAGCGGUUGGGUUAUUGCGGUUAAGCUGGGUUAGGUUAUUAAAGUGGGGUUAGGUUAGUUGCGUCGCUGGUCACCGUACCAGCCGUCUUAAAACAUGAGAAGAGAUGAGGUAUGCUACACUCCUGGGAGGGAUAUGUCGCUUUCUGGCCAGUUACCCCACUCCAUCCGAGUGCGGGCGCCCCCCUCUGCAGGCGCUGCAAUGCGCUGCAACCCGCUUGCAAGCGCUGUAGAAGCGUGCAACUCUAAUGAGCCACGCUUCUGUGUAAAUAACUUUGGUGGAAAAGAUUUUGGCCUCUCUAUCAUUUUAAC